CCCUUUAGCGGCAUACACACAUUCGCUCAUCUUCCCUAUCUCGAUGCUCUCGCAAACUCGUCUGAACGCUUCGACUUUGCUAUCUUCGCAGGCGUGCCCUUUGACGGCUCCGUAAGCUACCGGCCCGGCGCACGCUUUGGACCUCAGGGCAUCAGGACUGGCUCACGAAGACAGAGGCCAGGCCGAGGCUACAGCAUAGCGCAAAAGAUCGACCCGUAUGAUCUCGGACUCAAGAUCAUAGAUGCAGGCGACGUACCUCUGAGCCCGUACGAUCCCGCGAUCGCUAUGCAGCAAUUGCAGACUGCCUAUAGAAGUAUGCUCAAUAGACGCGCUUUGCGACCGUCUACAGCUGCACUUGCGGCUGAUGGCAUCGCUCGCCCUCGCGUCCUCACCCUCGGCGGCGAUCAUAGUAUCGUCUUGCCCAUUUUGCGAGAGCUAUACCAAGUCUAUGGGCCUAUCUCCGUGAUACACUUCGAUGCGCAUCUCGAUACAUGGGAUCCUGCAGGCUACGCCGGCGCCGACAGUCCGACCUCCCAGAUCAAUCACGGUACAAUGUUCCACGUAGCUCACAAGGAGGGGUUGCUCGGUCCAUGCAUCCAUGCUGGCAUUCGUACCAGACUGGGCAAAGGAGAUCUCGAGCAUGACAGCCAGGUCGGAUUCACCUAUGUGACCACGGACGAUAUCGACGAUCUCGGUGCGGACGGCGUAGCCGAUGCCCUUCGUGCACGCGUGGGCUCGAAGCCCGUCUAUCUAAGCGUCGAUAUCGAUGUUGUCGAUCCUUCGAUGGCUCCAGCGACCGGCACGCCGGAGAGCGGUGGCUUCACCUCUCGCGAGCUCAAGAAAAUGCUCAGAGGUCUCGUCGGGCUCAACUUUGUCGGCAUGGAUUUAGUAGAAGUCUCGCCUGCAUACGACACCAACGCAGAACUCACGACCAUGCUCGCUGCUGAUCUCAUUCACGAGAUCCUCAGCGUCAUGGUCCAAUCGCAGCAUCAAGACACGCAUGCACAUAUAGAGCUGUAA